AUGUACUGGACGUUGACAGCGUUGUCUAUCAGUAUCAUUACUGCUGCCGUGCUCGUUUGGAGAUGCAUUGUACAUCCACUUUUCCUGUCCCCACUGGCUACUGUUCCAGCAGCAAGCCCGAUUGCUCGCUUCACAACGCUUUGGAUCAAUUGGCAGCGACUUCGGGGAAACGAGUUUCCAAGCGUUGAAGCAGCGUUCGCAAAGUACGGUCCAUACGUCCUACUGUCGCCACGGGAGAUUGCGGUCAAUGACAUCGAUGCGGUACACUGUGUUUGGGGUACAGGCUCCGCCGACUUUGAUAAACCACCAGUCUAUCAUUACUGGGCGACACAAGGACGCAUACGAGGCGUGCAUAACCGAGCAUUUAUCGCCUCUUCGAGUCACAUUCGGGAAAUAAUGCGGAAUCUGAUGGUGAAUCGGGUGAUUCCUGUGCUUGAACGUACCAGCGAGUCCCCCAAAUGCGCAGUAAACGUUGUCCCGCUUGCGCAGUCGAUCAUUCUUGACUGCACGACCGCGUUCGCUUUUGGCGUCCCGCUUGCACUCGACUUGAUAACCAACGAGGCAUCCCGGAACGAGUGGUUGAAACAAUUUCUGGUUGCCUUUCCAAACGACCAAUCUUUGUUCUGGCUGAGAGAUCAUCCAAAACUCACAAAGUAUCUCUGCGUGCUCGACCUGCCUCUUGUAUCAGCGAAAAGGGCUUCUGCACGUCGGGAGUUCGAGGCAUGGGCAUUAUGCAAGGUCGACUCUGCCGAAGAGGCGCUGAAGAGGCAGGACCAAGGACAACUAUUCGAAGCUGGACACCUCCCAGUCCUGUAUGACGCUGUGCGACAGGACCUGGCAAAGCCUUUCGCGAAUGCAGGGAAGAGUUUCGAGAUGACUGAAGCUCAACGCCGUGAACUUGCGAGCGAAUGUUUCGACCAUAUUGGUAAGUUGCAAACUGCGAAUGGCACCAUAUCACAGAGCUGA